CAUCUGCCGAAUGCAUGAAUGUAAUUGUUGUUUUACUACUGCACACAGUUUGGAUGUAAAUGAGCGAAAAUGUGCAAAGAUGAUAAAAUGUUGAGCAGAAAGGUGUAAGUGUUGAAGCUGCCAUCCUGUGCUCAAGGUUUUGUGGCAGCCAUGAUGGAUGUGAUCUUCAGACGCUGUCACUCAAACCUCGGGUGGGUAAUUACGUCGUGGUCUAAUUAUAUCUAAACAAAAAACAGUGAUGACAUUCAGCAUGAAAUCUGUGAAGUUCACAUUCAAACGCUAUUUGUUUGAUGUACAGAGGCUGUUAUUUGUGGUGGAGGACACCCAGGAGAUCAAGAAGGUUUGUAAAAAGGUUUCCUUCCAAUGCAACCUGAAUAUAAAUGCUUUAAUAUGCUCAUCCUGAGAUUCACCAAGCAUAACAUGUCAAGACUCGUGUGUGGUGUGAAUUAAACUCCAGAGCAACCCAAACACUGCGCGCGCACGCUCGCGCGCACUCUUAUUGUCCUUCUCUGAACCUGAAUAAAUUAUGGGAUGCACUUGGCACUGGGUCUCUGCCAUCACAUGAAUGAGAGAAUGGCUUUGGAUGAGCGGGACCCUGGAUACUGCGAGACAGAUACGAUCAUAUCAACAUCCAGCAGCGGAAACGCAACGAAUGCCCAGGUUGGGGUCCUCCCAGCGGGGCGAGGCAGCAGUGUGGGCGGGGCCCCUGUCGAGGACAUGCAGGCGCUGUCAAUCACUUCUCUGUCCGCCUCCGAAGUCGAGCAAGAAUUCGAGCUGAUUGGUCCUCUGGGCAAGGGCACCUACGGCAAAGUCGACCUGGUUUUGCAUCGGAAACAGGGCACUAAACUGGCUCUGAAGUACGUGAAUAAGAACAAAACAAAACUGCGCAGUUUUCUGCGUGAAUACAGUCUGACGGCUGCUCUGAGCUGCAGUCCGUUCAUCAUCAAAGUGUUGAAUGUUCUGUUCGAGACAGAAGAGAGUUAUGUGUUUGGUCAGGAGUAUGCACCUGCGGGAGACCUGUUUGACAUCAUCCCACCUCAGUCUGGUUUGCCAGAAGAAAUGGUCAAGCGCUGUGUUCAACAGCUGGGUUUGGCUCUGGACUUCAUGCAUAGCAAGAGUCUCGUCCACCGGGACGUGAAGCCAGAAAACGUUCUCCUCUUCGAUCGCGAGUGUCGACGUGUGAAAUUGGCUGAUUUGGGAAUGACACGGCGGACGGGCAGCAGAAUAAAGCGGAUCAGCGGCACAAUCCCCUACACCGCGGCUGAGGUGUGCCAGGCCUCCGUAUCGGAGGGCAUUAUAGUGGCGACGACCCAGGAUGUCUGGGCAUUUGGAGUUUUGCUGUUUUGCAUGCUUACGGGAAACUUUCCUUGGGAGGCUGCGUUGCCUAGCGACGCAUUUUUUGCAGAAUUCCAGCGUUGGCAGCGAGGGGCGUGUCCACCCGGCGUCGUGCCAUCCCAAUGGAGGCGCUUUUCUGAUGAUGCGCUACGUAUGUUCGGCCGGCUGUUGGCGUUGGAGCCGGAGCGUCGCUGUGGUGUCAAAGAGGUGUUUUACUUUCUGAAAUACGAUCUGCUGAAUCAUCAACGCCGUAGAGCUUCCUGCAGGGCAUCUAGGGGAGGUUCCAGCCGUUGCUCCACCCACAGACACGCAGACCCCUCCCCUCCUUCAGGUACUGCCUGUCUACGCCCCACCCCCCUCAAACGUAGCAUCUUGUCCGAGCCGCAUUCUUCACGGGAGGAAUCUUCCAAAAGCCCAUCACCGAAUCGACAAGACAAGAGUAAAGUGAUGAUGACCACGCCCAUUGAAAUUUGCGUAUGAAGCCAAUGGAGUCACAGCUUAUUAAAGCCUAUGUGUCUCACGGUGAUGACCUGAGGUUUUUUAAAGGAAAAAGUGGCAAUAUUACUUCCAACGUCUAUUGGGAAAACAGGUUUGCAUAAGGACAGCAGCGUGAUGGGAGAACUAUUAUAAAACUUUGGUUACUUUGGACGGAUCUAUACAAAACUUUUCAUGAAUUUUCCCCUUUAAAAAAUGUACCUCAUGACAAACUUCAUACUAAAAUUUACCCUCAUGUCAUUCCAAA